UUUUUAAAAAGAAAAAUGCCUUCCACCCGCUCUAAGAAACUGGCAGUCCAUCCACCUCCAUCCACCAGGAUGAACUUGAGGAGCUUUCGCAGCGUCCCGCUGGUUCCCAUGGAGACUUCCUCUUCUUCCUCUGAUGACAGCUGUGAUAGCUUUGGGUCCGAUGGAGGUUUUGCAAAUACGAGGAGCAACUUAAGACAGACGAGGAGGAUGGCAGAGAAACCAAAGGUGUUUGAAGCUACAUCAGAGGAGGAUACAUGCAGUGGGUUUGAGGAGAGUGAAAUCAACAGGCAGAUGAAAUCCAUGAAAGUAGACUCUGAACCACGGAGACGUGGCCGCAGACCCACCAUUCUGAAGGUUGCCAUGACAUUCCCCACCAAGAAGCAGGGCAAGAAGAGGCCUGCAUCCGAACCCCUCCCUCAACCCAAAGUACAUGACUCUGACUCUGAGGAGGAGAACUUCAUGGACAAGAGAGCCCUGAAUAUUAAGGAGAACAAAGAAAUGCUUGCAAAGCUCAUGGCAGAGCUGAACAAAGUACCUGGACUGUUCCCAAGACGGAUGGCAAUGUCAGCAUCCUCUACGCCCCGACAGGCACCUCGGCGGUCAAUGGGAACCCCGGUAGCUUGCAGGAGAAAAUCAGAGCGUUUGUCUCGACCCCACACACGAUCCCGCACACUGGUGGAUGGACCCCCUAGCCCGCCACCAGAGGAGGAGCCAGAGGAUAAGUUCAGCCUGGUUCGCAAAAGCCGCUUCUAUGAGGAAGAGUAUGAGCCACCUCGUCGCCGUUGCUUCAAUGGUACCAAGGCCAUCCCUCAUGUGGUGCGGCCUGUAGAGGACAUCACAGAGGCAGAGCUGCAGCGCAUCUGCCAGAAUGUGCGGGAGAAAGUCUACAACAGCUCCACUGGAUCAACUUGCCACCAGUGCCGCCAGAAAACAAUCGACACCAAAACUAACUGCCGUAAUCCAGAGUGCAUGGGAGUGAGAGGUCAGUUCUGCGGCCCCUGUCUCCGUAACCGCUAUGGAGAGGAGGUCCGAGACGCUCUGUUGAAUCCGGAGUGGCAGUGCCCACCAUGCAGGGGGAUCUGUAACUGCAGCUUCUGCCGUGCCCGAGAAGGCCGCUGUGCUACGGGGGUUUUGGUUUACUUGGCUAAAUACCACGGCUUUGAUAAUGUGCAUGCCUACCUGAAAAGCUUGAAAAAGGAGCUGGAAGAAAGCAGCGAGUGAAGUGUGGAGCAAGAAGAAGCUGCCCCUGGAUCUGACUGACAUGCUCCAUGACCAUUGUGACAUGUGCACAGUUCAAACAUUGUUCAUAGUGCUAUGAGCAUUAAAACACAAUACUUAUUGUUCCUGAUUGUGAAAUUUCACAUACUUUUUGAGCAUUGACUGACAUCUGGAGGAGGUACACACUGCCGCUUCUCUCCAGCUUAAAGCUUUCAUUGUUUUUUGUUCUCCCACAUGUUUUACUGCCUGUUCUUAAAAGCUGAGCCCUUACGUUAAGAAUGGUUGAUUGUGGAGCAAAACAAAUUUUAGGAAUUGUUUACUUACAGCUGUGUGGUUGUAAUUUAACAAAAAAAAUGAUUGCAUUGUUCUAUGAUGUACAUAUUCCUUAAUCCCUGAGUAUGUUUAUAAAAAAAAAAAAAAAAAAAUCCCCUUUUUAUAGCUGAAUCAUCCUACCUGCUGCAAUAACAUUUCAGGCUUGUUUGAAUGAUCUACUGUAUUUUACAUUGUUUUAAAUGUAUAUAUUUUACAAAGCCCACAUGGGUAUGGGUAAUUAGUCUCCAAGGGAUUCAUCUUUGUGCCUUUUUUUUUAUUUUUCGCAAAUCAACUUAUGGUUUAACAAGUUGUUUAGCUUUUGUUUAAAGUGUACAUGUACAGGAAAAAAACACACAGUUUGCUUUGCUUGUGCUGUCCUGUAAAUAUGUCCCAAUGAUCUGCGUGCUACUGAGGUGGCGCAGGUGGAAAGGGCAUAGACUGGGGGCCACCACGAGGAACUGUGUGAUAUACUACAGCGCCUGGUUAAAUAUCCUUCAUUAGAUAACUGUCACUAAUGGUGUGGAAACAAUUAGCACACUCUAAUGGGAAUCUCAUACCUGUAAAUCAUUUUAUCCUGUUAAAGCACAUUCUCGCUCUG